AUGGCGAGCCUUGCAAGAGGCUUCUGCCUUCCCGGCCUACGACCCCUCCUCGUUCCUCGCGCUGAGUCUCUACUCCUCCGAUCCCGCUUCUUCUCUACCUCCCUACGCCGGGCUGCCGAACCUGCAGUGAAAGCUACUCGAUCACCAAAGUCAUCAAGGGCGCCUUCAUCCCAAAUUGCACCUAGUCGAUACGCCUUUAUCAAGAGUCUAGCCUCCAAGACAACUCCGACAGUACUCUACGAAGGCCCUUCGCACUUCUGGUUCUACUUUGGUUGCUGGUCCAGUGGACUUUCCUUGAUCAUUUGGACAGGCCUUACUGCGCCUAUGGCUGUGCAGCAGCCUGAAGGGGUCCCUCAAUGGAUUGGUCUGGUGUUUGGUACAACUUAUCUCCUCCUCGCGUCCAUGGGAACGUUCAUGAUCACGAAGACACCCAAUAUUGUUGGACAGAUGCGCAUUCUUCCUGCACAAGUAUCCAAGGUCGCUACUACGGGGUCUACUGCUACCCCUACACCUGUACGGAUGGAACUCACUAUUAAACGAAUGGUUCCAAUGCUUAAGCCCAAGGUCAUCGUCGCUCCUCUAGACGAAGUUACCCUGAAGUCUCGUUUUUCAUUGCCAGACGAGUAUGUGCCUGGGCUGAAACGCAUUGAGCUGCAGCAAAAGACAGAGGAGCAGCGCAAGGCAUUGCACAAGUUUGACAUGCAGCACCUGUUCACGAUGCCAUUCCGAAGAAUGGGUCGAGCCUUGUCUGCCAUGUUCAACGGUGUCAAGGCUGCUUGGACUGAUAUGGGCUUCGGUAUCAUCACCGUCAGUGGGAAAAACUACAAGGUGGAUGUUACUCAAGGUUAUGCCCACGACGGAUUCAGGACAUUAGAGAAGCUUGUGGAAACCAAGCCUUAA